AUAACCAUAAUAAUAAUAAUAAUGGAAUGCUAAAAAUUCAAGCAGCAACAAAUGGAGGUGGACAAGUGGAAAUGGAAUUGGAAGAACACAACUUGAAAUGGUUUAACUUAUCAGCUGAUGCCAAAGAGAGAAAGCAACAGCCCGAAGCAAUAUCUCAAAGUGCCUUUAAAAAAAAUCAAAUAACAUCCAAUUUAAAAUCCAUACAAACAAUAGCAUCCAUUAUAAAGUCUACGCCAGAAAUGCCCCAGCAACGUACUGAGGACCAAGAAAAUGCCUUUCGUCGAAUUGAGGAUGUUCAUAAUUAUGCCAAGCUGCAGGAUUUUUGCAGCGACAUAGAUGAUGAUGAGGACGAUGACGAAGAUGUAGAUGAUGAGGAUGUAGACGAUGAGGGAGUUGAGGGUGUGGAGACGGAAACCCAUUUCAACAAUUUAAAAAUAACUCGCAUUCAAAGGGAAGAUACUGAGGACCCAGUUGAUGUGGUUACAGUGCCACAGCAUGAAUGUCAACAGAUUGAGGGGGAACAGGAAUACACUCGAUGCCGGGCACAACAACAAAAACAACAGAAUCAGUCAUUGGCGCUAUCAUCCACUAAUGAACAUGAUAACACUUCCGAUAUUAUUACGCCCGAGCAUCAUGCUCGUAGGCCAAUGAAUGCAUUUCUCAUAUUUUGUAAACGGCAUCGUGCCAUUGUCAAAGAGCGUUACAAAACGCUCGAGAAUAGAGCCAUAACGAAGAUACUCGGUGACUGGUGGGCAGCUCUAGAUGAACAAGAGAAACAAUGUUUCACUGAUUUGGCACAACAGAACAAAGACGCUUUUUUUAAUGCUAAUCCAAAUUUUAAAUGGUACAAACUGCCUGCACCGCCGUUACGAACACUUAACACACGGCCGAGUAAUGCAAUGUCCGUAAAUUUAAAGGAAAAUGAAGGGGAAGAUGUUGCUUCUGGAGCAGCCUCGUCUAGCAAUUACUUUCAACUCGCCGAUGAGAACCAAAUGGGUGAAUUAAGUUCUCUGCUCCAGGUACAACAGGACAAAGAAGAUGCCCUCCAGCAGGCAUUGAGUGAAACCAGUCAAUUUUUUAGUGCCCAUAUGCCGCCUAACACCAAUCAAAAUAGACGAAAACGUACUUCCUUAAAUACUGAAACCUCACCUAGCAACUCUAGCGAAGAGGAUACAUUGUCACCUAUUAAAAAGAUGAAAUCUACACGAUCUUGCAAAGGUAAAAUCUAUCAGGAAUUGAUGAAUUCUGGUCAAAUCGCAGCCAUAACCAAGAAAAAUAAGAGAAACACUAGUGGUGGUGCACAAGCACCACAUUUGGAAGAUCACGAGAAGCCUUCGCAGCACUUGAGAAGUGUUUCGGAAUCGAGUAACAGCGGUUUUGAUCUAGAGGAAAAGAUCAAAGAGCUGCCAGCUCUCAGUUUGGAUAUAUAUUUACAGCGCAAACGCAGCACCAAAAAGAAGAAGAAAUUUACUAGCAAUAAAAAGUCCAGGAAUUCGCAUAGUGGUAGUGGCAGUGGGGGAAAUGAAGGAGGAAUCCAUCAGGCAAAUGAUGUAAAUGAAAGUGCAGGUGGUGGUGGUGCUGGAGGAGUGCGUAGAUUGAUAGCACCAGCUGCUGCUGCUGCUGCCGCUGCAGUCGGUAGCCAAAAGCGAAAGGCACGCAAGGAGAGCAUUACACGACGAGAUGUCAGUGCCAUUGAACAGGAGGUGGCCUCCAUUUUACCGUUAACCAUAAAUGGUUGCUAUUAUUUCAAUCACACGGAGGCAAUCAAAACGCCACCGGCACUGGACAAUUCAUCAUCAUUUACAUCAUCAUCGCCGCUGUCUUCAGCCUCAUCGUCAUCCCAAGUAGGAGCUACUAUGGGAUCCAAUGCCUAUGAUGUGACAUCCUCUACCUCAGAUUUACUCAUCUUGGCCGAAGUGGCAGCCAAUCGCACUGAACAUCAUCAUCAGCAGGAAAGCAGCUUUGCCGCAGGUCUAUAACUACAUAUGUUAUCCAUCAUCCACUGCUGUCACUGUGUGAUAGAGAAAGAGCCAAUUCAGACAUUCGUUGAUCUUUAAUUAAAUUAGUCAAUAGAAUUAUAUAAGAAUGAAAUGAUGUAUAUUUUUGUUAUGAUAUGAAAGAAGGUUCUAUCCGUUUUCCCCCUCUUUAUUUUUUAUAUUACAUUAUAUAGUUUCUUUCUUUCUUUCUUUUUUUUUUUUUUGAUUCUUGGUUGUUAAGUUUAUUUUUCUGUAGCGUUCGUAAAUUAUCAAUUAUCCAUCAACCAAAACUGGACGCCUUAUUAUUAUUAACUGUUAAAUAUUAUUAUUUUCUAAUAUGUAGCAUAUAAUUUAUUGCAAUAUACACAUCGUAUGCAAAUGUGUUUAGUUUUUAUAAAUAUAUGAAAAAUAUUUUUUUUUUUUUGUUAAAGAUCCACAAACCAAACACGUUUUAUGAGAGGAAAAAACAAAAGAAAAAUACAUGAUUAAAAAUCAACAGA